AUGAGCGCCAUUAUUUCCAUGGCAGAUAAUGAUCCGUCGCCAUGUUCGGUGCAACAUCGUCCAUCAGAUUACAGCCGUAUGUCGUCCACAAGCAGUGAUUUUCCCUGGGAGGAAGUGCCUGAUCCCUUUCUGGUCACCAUGCACAUCAUUGCCGAUCCAGGAAACUCCGGAGCUCUGCAGAACGCGAUUGACAGCCUUUUGAAAUGGAUUAAUCUGAAUCUGCAGCUGUUCAUCGUCUCCGAGCGUGGUUUGCCUCAGAAAACAAAACCUGGCAGUGGGAUUGUAAUCCAGCCGGCGUUGGCAGUCAUUCUCUUCAUGCAGGAAGAUUAUGAGGAAGACGAAAUCUUCCAGCUCCAUGGAAGCUUCCUCCGUCCACCGUGGCAGUAUCACCACACUGAACGCGUCAAAGGCCGAAACCUCCCUUAUGUGCCGCGUAACCAGGCUUUCUUCACGCUUGCCGAUCACACGGCACUUUGGGCUGUCAGGCAGGUACAUUAUGGGAAAGAAAUCAUCCGCUUUACUGUGUACUGCAGCUUUGAAAAUUUUGUGGACAUGGUCAAGAUGUACCAGCUUAUCCUGAGAAGGGAGGUGUCAAAGCGGAAGGCAGAUUUUGUCUUUUUCACCAUCUAUUCCAAUUUGGACGUUGACAUUCAGUUCUCACUGAAGAGGCUGCCAAAGGGCCAGUAUCCCACUCCCACCGAAUCUGCUGUGUUGGAAUUUCGAGUGCAGGACAUUGGGCACCUUGUGGCUCUGCUUCCCAAUGCGUGCAGCCCAAUCAGCGACGUCAGAUGGCAGACUGAGGACUGUGAUGGCAACAAGCUCCUAUUACAGGUAAGAGCUGUAUCCAGAAGUUCCUGGCGGAGGAGUGUGGUUCCCCAGUAUAGCUCAGCGAGGAGUCGCUCCUUCAUUCCUUCUCAGGGCUCCCUGCCCCAAAGCCUUGGCUCUGCACCAGACAGGUACCUUCGUCAGCGACCCAUCGGCCACAAGGUCCAACAAAUAAACGGUUUCAGACGAUGUAGGCGGAACUUGCAAGGAAGCAUUUCGAUCGAUUACCAGGAAACCUCUAGCAGAACGGCGAGCAGUGCUUCUGAGAAUUCAUGGGCUGCCCAGCGCAGCAAGUCUUUGUUCUCUCUGCCAACAUUCAGCACUUCUUCAUCCUCCUCCUCCUCUUCAUCACCACUCGGUGAGCCAGCCGCUACAUCGCACGGUGGAAGCCAGCAAAUCAUAGUUCCAGAACUUCACAGCACCUCACAGGUUGUGGUCAAUGAGUUAGAAGAGACAAUGGAAACUGAUGUUGACACAGGUCUGACAACAUCCUGUUCAGACCUCUCUGUUGUGUCUGCUUAUUCAACACUGAAUGGAUUUGGCAAAGAUUUAGACGCCGCUCUUCCUUUAAUAAGGAAUUGCAGCAACAAACCAAAGCCUGGACUUUAUAGGCCUUUAUCAACAAUGAAUAGUUCACUUCCUUCCUACUCUGAACUUUCAUCUGGUUCAUUUCCUCAACUCCCGGAAUUCUCUUCCUGCUUCCUAAACUCACACAUUCCUUCGCCACGUGCCUUCAACUCUACAUCUGGACUUUGCACCAGAAAGAAGCAACCUCUUCCUUUCCAACCUAGCCGUCGAACUCAAAGUAAAAACUACCCUGCAAUCCGACAACUAUCCCUCCAAGAGGAAAAACAGGAAUUUUACAUUUGAACCACUUGUGUGGCAUAAUAACUUUUUGUUGCCUUUCUUCAGCAAAGCAAUAGUAAAUUGUACAUGAGUGACACUAAAUGAAGCGAACAAUUGUUUAUCUACACUCUACAGAAAUGUUGCUGGGUUUUGACUCAAGACUCACUUUUGACUCAAGACUCACUUACGAUGGUUGUGCGGAUGAUGUCCUUAAACGCGCAUUGUCAAAGUUGCUACUCUGAGCACCAAGUUGGAAUAUCACCUUCUAAAAGAGUUGAAGUAAAAUGGUUAGGAAAUGCAGAAGUGUUGU